GUAGCUUGCGGCAUAAACCGUUUUUAAAAAGUGAUUUUAUAUUUUAUGCAACAUCGACAUGUUGUGCCCUAGAAGCCAGUACUGAUCUUUGAUAGGGCCUACAUUGUAUACCAUAAAGCAAUUUUUCUCGAUACCAUUUAAACCUUAUUGAAUUCUAUACUAUUCGAAUGUAAUUCGGGUGGACUUUCGGUUAGGUUGCGAGUUGCUGUAACAGAAUAAAAUCACAGCGUGAACUAAAUUUAAGUUCAUGAAUCUGUCUUUAAAAAAUGUAGCAAGUGAAUGAGCAUCAGUCGAUGGCCUUGAGUUCAACGCUGACAUUGAUGGGUUUCAGUCAUGGAAAAACUCCGGAUGCAAGAAUGCACGAAUCUCAUUGUUCGAAAAAGGCUACUGCUGCAUUAGAUGACUAAAUACCAAAAGAAUUACAUCAGACAUCUCAUUUCCAUCACAAAUGCUGUUCCGGCGUACAUUGUUCGGCCCUGAACAACAAGCAAAACUAAGUGGAGGGAGGAAACAUACGUGGAAAGAGAUAGUGGCUGCAAAAGAGGAUGGGACAUGCAUCCAUCCAGUAAAGGCCUGGUUGCAUAUCAAUAUGGGUUGGAUUCAAGUUAGGUCUCCUGAGGGCUGGCGUGCCGUUCUCUGCCUGUUUACCACCCGGUUUCUAUGGAAGUUUCUUAUAAAGGGUCUUGGCGUGAUGUUACCAACAUUACAAGAGCAAUUCUCCACGCAAACCUGGCUGAUAGGUUGGACGGUGUCAAUUAUGUCUCCAGUCGCAUGUCUUACAGGUGUCCUUGCUAGGCCUCUGGAGGUCGUGUUUGGUACACGCACUGUGGUCACCGUGGGUGGGUUCCUCCUUGGAGCGGGCAUGAUCGUCGCUUCUUUUACCCCGAGUGUCACGACACUGACAUUAGCUAUAGCAUUGACAGCUGGAUCAAGUUUAAGCAUCGUCAAUAUUCUGACGAGGGCCAUGAUAGGACGUUGUUUUACAACAAACUAUGCCACAGCCACAGGAAUUGGAACAUCGGGAGCUGCUUUUGGUUUAAUCGCUGCAGGACCGAUUAUGCAGUUGUUGUUAGAUACGUACGGCUGGAGAGGUGCCUUAUUUCUUGUAGGAGGGUUCAACCUGCAUCUUAGUGUUUGUGGCAGCCUCUUAAAAUCACGUGCGACUGAAACCCAGACGAACGGCAGCUACCAAUCACUCGGCCCCGUCGAAGAUGAGGAACCCCCAGCUCGUUCAGGUGUUGAGGAUACUGGUAACUUGAAGCAGCCGCGACCUAGCGCCCUCAAAGAUGCAAUCAGUGCCCAGUUAAACCAUUUUGGAGUCUCAGUUUGUUGCCAUGUUUCAUUUUGGAUAACUACAACCCUGUUCAUCUGCAAUGUUUUCGUCAAUGACCUUUGGACCAUCUAUUUCAUUUCCCUGGCUCAAGUCAAAGGUUUUUCUCCGUACGAUGCUGUAACCUUUUCCUCGGUUGCUGGAAUUACCAACGUGAUCUUUAAGGUGGUGUGUGGUCUCAUUGUAGACAGGGGAUGGUUUAAAUUGCGACCAACGAUAGUACUGAUGACCGCAUCGAGCUCCCUGUCUCUACUGAUUACGCCUUGGCUAACCUCUUUUUGGUCCAUGAUGGCUAGUGCUGUGGUCUUUGUUAGUGCAUCUGGAACACUUUACUCACUCAACGAUAUCUACACCAGAGAGCUGCUCGGAGUGGAUCUCCUUGCCUGCGCUUUCAGCUGGAUGAACCUGAUGACAGCUGUGUUCGAUUUCGGCCUCGGUUUCUUCCCAGGUUGGCUUUUCGAUUGUACUGGGAGUUACGACUGGGCCUUUGUCAUCAUUGGAUGCAUAGCCGCUGUGCCGCUGGUGGGGCUAUUUAUAGAAAGGUUCCUAGUUAAGCCAAGCGAAAGUGGCAAAGUGACCUAAAGACGGAUAGAAAUACAUUACGUAUACAGUGUUACCUUUGCUUUGAAGGGUCAACGUUAAAAAAACCUCAAUGUAUACAAUCUUUUUAUUCCAAACUAACGUCCAGACUUUGGAAUGGUUGUUCAUUAUGCGUGGAGUACACCGUGCAGCUACUGUAUGCUAAUUGUCCACGUACCCUGACGCAUAAUCCACCAAUUUGGUUCAACCUUUGGGUGUCGGAACUCUCUCUAUUAAAUUAUAUACAACCCUGAUGUCAGGGAUGCAACUGUGCCCCCCUCCACUUGAGAAAGGUUUGCUUACCUGUUUGCACCGGGCUCUGCUUUCAGACAGCUUGUCUUGCGUUUUGGUAUUAAUGUGCUGGUUUCCACUUUUUAGAUUCAUGUAAUGUAUUGUAUCCUAUCAUGAGUUAAUACUUACAAUUUACACUGCCUGGAAGACUGGUUUAAGCAACGUGGAAGGCAUCUUUGGUGAUUUUUCCCACAGUUCCUUGUCCUUUUUGCCUUUUCAGCUUUUGUUUGCUCUGUGCCAUAAGCAUGGAUUGGCCAAUGCCACCAUCCUCCCAUAAAUGAGAGCAGUGGACUUUGUUAUAUUUUUCAAGCAUGCUGUCACCUUCAGUGCAUGUGUGCACUUGCACAUUGUCGAUCAUGGGCAGACCAUAUGCUUGCAAUUCCUCAUUAAUUCUUAAUAAAAUUUUUAUUGUUAGUUUUAAUCAUUUCUGGUAAUGACACCAAGGAUCCUUCAAAGGCACCCUAGGCACUG